GCCCGCAGCUGCAGCGCUGGGACGGACAAGUCUCCGCUCAAUGCGCACUGUGGAAAAGUCACUUGGUGGACGAAGCGGACUACACACAGGACUAAGUUUUUAAAAUUUGCAUAUGAGACUUUUAUUGUGAUAUUUGGCAGUAUCCGGUUUUAUUCCGCCUUUGAAUCCGUUAUUUUAUCUCAGAGACAAGCUUGUGCUGGUCUGUUAGAGGUCGGUGAAAAGUCGUCACUGUCACUUUUGAUUCAUGGACUCAACACGAACUUUACCUAGAAGCAUUUCUGUCAAGAGGCUGACACAACAUUGACUUCAUUCAUUGAAUAUCCAGAUUGAGGGGACAUGAAGUUGUCUUUGGACAGUAUGGGGGGCCUGAAGUUUGUGCUGUUCAUCUUUGAGGCUGUUUUAUUGACCGACUGUGCAAGAGGACCUCCACGGGUGUCUGACAAGGUUGCUCACAGACAGAUGGCCCGGCUCGGGAGCGCCAUUAAGCUGCCGUGUCCAGUGGAAGGAGACCCUCCACCCCUCAUAAUGUGGACCAAAGAUGGGCGCAACAUCCACAGCGGCUGGAUCCGUUUCCGUAUGCUCCGCAUGGGUCUGAAGAUCAAGGAGGUGGAGGCAGAUGACACUGGGACAUACAUCUGCAAAGCAACCAACGGCUUUGGUAGCGUGAACAUCAACUAUACCCUCAUCGUCAUCGAUGACUCGGGUUCUGAUAAAACUGGGCCCAGGGCAGCUGAUGGAGCAGUGUCUGACCUGGGAACUGAUGACUUGGCAGAAGAACUUGAGCGUCCCCGCUUCAUCCAGCCUGCUAAGAUGAGAAAACGGGUGAUAGCUCGUCCUGUUGGCAGCUCAGUGCGGCUCAAAUGCACGGCCAAUGGAAAGCCUCGACCGGACAUUGUGUGGCUGAAGGACGACAGACCGCUGACUGAGCAGGAGGUCGGCGAGGGCCGUCAGAAGAAGUGGACUCUGAGUCUGAAGAACCUGACGCCAGAGCACAGCGGCAGAUACACCUGCAGGGUCUCUAAUCGGGCUGGGGAAAUCAAUGCCACGUAUAAAGUUGAGGUCAUACAGAGGACAAACUCCAAGCCUAUUUUGACUGGCACACACCCGGUCAACACGACGGUGGACUACGGAGGCACCACGUCGUUUCAGUGCAAAGUGAGGAGUGACGUUAAGCCGAUCAUUCAGUGGCUCAAACGCGUGGAGUCUAACGAGGAAAGUCGCUACAACUCUACCAUUGAGGUGGGAGACCACCAAUUCGUGGUGCUGCCCACGGGGGAGGUGUGGUCCCGACCCGACGGCUCCUACCUCAACAAGCUGCUCAUUACCCGUGCCAAGGAGGAGGACGCUGGCAUGUAUAUCUGCUUAGGCGCCAACACCAUGGGCUACAGCUUCCGCAGCGCCUUCCUCACUGUGCUGCCAGACACGCAGCCUCCCAUCACGCCCAUGCUCCCGCCAGCCUCCAGCGCCCUCCCCUGGCCUGUCAUCAUUGGCAUCCCAGCUGGAAUAGUGUUCAUCUUUGGCACAGUGCUGCUGUGGUUCUGCCAGAGCAGAAAGCACUGUCCCCCUCCCAGUUCUCCAGCUGCAGCUGCACAGGUACUGCAGAGCUCCCACCGGCUGCCAUAUCGAGAGCGGGACCGGGGCUGCGUGGCUCCGUCCUCCAGCCCAGAGAAAGACUGCAUGAGCUCCAUGCACUAUGAGGAGUACCUGGCACAGCAGCAGCUGCUCCUCACCCAGGGAGGAUCAACAAUCCCCCCUAAAAUCUACCCCAAAAUCUACACUGACAUUCACACACACACUCAUUCCCACGUGGACGGGAAAGUACAUCAGCAUCAACACAUUCAUUUUCAGUGUUAGCCUUAGUGCCAAAUAUCCCCCAUUAACUGCUCCAGUAUCUCAGAGGGACAAUGAGCUGUGGACUGAACAGCAGCUCCUGAGCACCGUUCACCCGCCAUUACUCUUUAAAAACUCUUCUCAUAGCUAGAGAUUGUUGGGAGUGUGUGCAUGUGGGAACAACAGUGGCCAGUAAUACACACCUUGUGUUUUUACAUCCAAAUGUCCAUAUUUGGUGCUUUUUUUUUUUUUACCUGUCAGAUUCUCACACCACUAAAAAUCCAUUAAUCCUUGUUGUGCACUUAAUACAAAAAGGACAAGGACAUUUUUUUUUGCGUGGGAGUGUAAUCACAGCCAUUUAGGCCAGCUGAAAGGUCUUCCUCAGCAGCUGAAUUUAGCAUUUUCCUACUUGAGGUGUAGCCGAAAAUGGAGGUUAGGUUUUACCUUUCACUUAUUCAGCUGUUAGAUCGCAGAGGCUCCUUAUGUUCUGCCUGGUAAUGAAGAUGAAAAUGGUACUCAAGAUUUACAAAAGGGCUGGUUUUGUGCCCUACUCAGGUAGUCCUUUUGUCUGUUAAAGAUGCAUAAUGUUUGGAAUGCUGACCACUAUUCUUAUUAUUACCUUUCUCCAUCCCUCACUUUUGUUCUCUUGUAAAAGUGAUAGAGAGUAGACUGGUAAGUAUACUUGCCUAAGACUGCAAGGGAUGGAAGAAUUGUUUCCAUGUUAACUGAAUUGGUCUUCAUUAUCAUUUCAACUUUUUCUUUACGGUAGGUUUCCAACAUCAGUCAGUAGCAUGUUGAGAUAAACCAGCAGAGGAUGCCACCUUCUCCAACCACAGUGUAUGAAGCUGUUGUCAUUUAUAAUCAAACUGUCAUGAAUAUUUAAUUUAUUUUGCUAAAAAAAAAAAAAAAAAAAUGUAUCAAAGGUUUAUUUUUCAGAGUAAGGUGUUUUACAUAUCUAUGUAAUGUUAUUAAAGUAUACUAUAGUUGUGUAUUGUACAUUUUCAGUACUUUGUCACCAAGUUUAAUCACAUUUAGUUCAUGCCAAUAUUUAGGUAUUUUUGUAUGUAAUUGGUUGUAUUGACAAUCUUGUAUGAUGUAUUCUGUUCACAGCUCAAAAACUAAAUCCAUCUAAAGUUUGAUGGUUUGGUAGUUUGAUUAAAUGACCUGAAACAAGUUA